CGCACGGGCAAAAGAAGUGCUAGCCUGGUCAGGACGGGGGACGGCAAGUUGAAUUUGUUCGGAGGUAAGGCCGAAAAUGCAGUCAGGCGGCCAAAAAGUGCACUUAAAACGCAUGCUAAAGCUGCUACCCCGCAACAAAUUGUGGCAAGUGCUCAUAAGACAGCACAAAAUAAGAUAUUAAAGCAUACAUUAUGCAAGUCUGUUCUCUUCCACCAUCAUCAAUUCUACUUUCUUAUUCUAACAACAAUGGCUCCAUCUGUCGCUGCUGAACCACCAAUCGUAGCCGUCCCCACCAAAGGACCAACAACCGGAAAGGUUGAUCAAGCUCCUUCAAAAACACAAAAGGAAUCAACCGGCUUCCAUUGGCCAGCAAGACCAACGUUCAACUCACUAGAAGAAGAACGUGAAUCACGCAAAGAACGUCUUGCAUUGGCAUUCCGUGUGUUUGGAAUGUUAGGAUUCGAUGAAGGUGUUGCCGGACAUUUGACAUACAGAGACCCAAUCCUCAAAGAUCACUUUUGGGUUAAUCCUUUUGGUGUCAAUUUUAGAUUAAUGACAAAGAGUGAUCUUUUGUUGAUCGGUCCAGACGGAAAAAUUAAAGGUGGUGGUAAGCCAGACGGUCAAUAUUAUAACGCCGCUGCAUAUGCAAUCCAUCAUGCUAUCCAUACCCACAGACCGGACUUAGAUGCAGCAUGCCACAGUCAUUCGUUGCACGGUAAAGCAUUCAGCACUUUGGGUCGCAAUAUCGAAUUGACAACACAAGAUUCAUGUGUGUUCUACAAUCAAUGCGCGCUUUACGAGAACUUUGGCGGUGUUGUUUUGGGUGAAGAUGAGAGCGGAAAGAUUGCAGAAACACUUGGUCCACAUAACAAAGCACUCAUCUUGCAAAAUCACGGUAUUCUCACAGCCGGGGAAUCGAUCGAAUCAGCUGUGAUGUGGUUUGUCAUGUUGGAACGUCAUUGUCAAGUUCAACUUCUUGCUGAAGCAGCUGCCGGUUCACGUGGACAAAAGCCUAUUGUGAUUGAUGAUGCAGAAGCUGAAUUCACUCAUAAGAUGACUGGAAAUGAAGUUGCAGGUCAUUUCUUCGCUCGUCCCUUGUUUGCACAAGCCCGUGCAGAAUACAAAGAUGCCCAUUUGGCUUAAAAUGAUUGGAAAUUGUAUUUAUCAUGAAUGACUGGAUUCUUUUCAAUGAAUAUUUUGACGAUUUAUUUCUCCUCCAUCAUGAUGACUGUUCCAAUGAAUGUUCUCCUCAUGUUGUCUAUUUUCGCUCU